CAGGAGAUGGCGAGGGGACUGAGCAGACUGCAAUCACCGCCGCCGCUGCUCUCCUAAAGGGGAACGGGCCUUGAAGCGCAGUGACCCCGAGCCCCGUCUGUCUAAUGGUAAUAAGCGGAGCGGAGGACAAGUGCCAGUGUUCCCGGGACGUGUCACCCACACGCCACAUACAUGUGCUGUCCACACGCCUGCACGCCUCAUCAUGAACGUCCAGCUGACCAUGGACAAUAUUGGCGAUCUGCACGGGGUGAGCCAUGAUCCGGGAUCGGCCACUGCUGAUCUGAUGACCGGCAGCCCCCACCACAGAGGAUCGGUGACACACCGCAGCAACCACCUGGCUGCUCAUCCCAGAUCCAUGGGCAUGGCUUCCAUCCUGGACGGAGGAGAAUACCACCAUCACCACCACCGGCCCCCAGACCAUGCCUUAACGGGGGCACUGCACCCCACCAUGACCAUGGCGUGUGACACCCCACCGGGCAUGAGCAUGAGCAGCACCUACACCACCCUCACCCCUCUGCAGCCCCUGCCACCCAUCUCCACCGUGUCAGACAAGUUCCCCCAUCAUCACCACCACCACCACCACCACCAUCAUCCCCACCAGCGGAUACCGGGCAAUGUCAGCGGCAGCUUCACCCUCAUGAGGGAUGACAGAGGGCUGACUUCCAUGAACAAUCUGUACACCCCCUACCACAAGGAGGUCACCGGGAUGGGACAAAGCUUGUCGCCGCUCUCCGGAUCUGGUCUUGGGAGCAUCCACAAUGCCCAGCAAGGCUUGCCUCACUACCCUCACCCCAGUGCCACCAUGCCUACCGAGAAAAUGCUCACCCCCAAUGGCUUUGAAGCCCAUCACCCUGCCAUGUUGACCAGGCAUGGUGAACAACAUCUCACCCCGCAAUCUGCUGGCAUGGUGCCUAUCAAUGGGAUCCCUCAUCACCCUCAUGCCCAUUUAAAUGCCCAGACUCACGGGCAAAUCCUGGGCUCCACAAGGGAGCAGAACCCUUCAUCUGUGACUGGAUCACAAGUCAACAAUGGAAGUAAUUCAGGGCAAAUGGAAGAAAUCAAUACCAAAGAAGUGGCUCAGAGAAUCACCACCGAGCUCAAGCGGUACAGCAUCCCCCAGGCGAUCUUUGCGCAGAGGGUGCUGUGCCGCUCCCAAGGGACCCUCUCAGAUCUGCUGAGGAACCCCAAACCUUGGAGCAAACUCAAAUCUGGCCGGGAGACCUUUCGCAGGAUGUGGAAGUGGCUGCAGGAGCCUGAAUUCCAGAGGAUGUCAGCUCUCAGGCUAGCAGCUUUGGUACCAGCCGAUCCGGUAUUCCAGCACUCUGGACAGUUGCCUGCAGACUCCCUGGUUAAAAUCGGCUACCCAUCUCAAAGCACCCAGUCUAAUCACUUGUCAUGUAAACGAAAAGAACAAGAUCAUGUUAAAGACAGAGGGAAUACACCAAAGAAACCAAGGUUGGUCUUCACAGAUGUCCAACGGAGGACUCUACAUGCAAUAUUUAAAGAAAAUAAGCGUCCAUCCAAAGAGUUACAGAUCACUAUUUCCCAGCAGCUUGGCUUGGAGCUCAGCACAGUCAGCAACUUCUUCAUGAAUGCUCGCAGAAGGAGUCUAGAUAAGUGGCAAGAUGAGGGCAGCUCGGGAAAUACAUCAUCUUCAUCAAGCACUUGUACCAAAGCAUGAAGGAAAAAAAAAACAACAAAAAAACACCAAAAAAAAAUAAAAAUGUAAAAAGA